AUGUACGAAGGGAUUGACAACCUGAAAUACCUUUACGACCGUGCCGGGAAGACUUUCUCCGGCGGUCCUUCUGCGGCACAGGAUGUGCCGCGUCGUACUGCUCAACCAGACCCAGUACGUCGAUCAUCAGUUGGGAGCGGGGCUCCCAAGAAUCCCAGGACGGGGGAUAGCCGCGCCACCGGACGAGAUAACUCGUCCGACGUCCGUUCACGUCGCGGUGGUUCAACAGCUGCUCAACUAGAUAGCGCUGGCCACCGCGAGAGUUCUCUAAUGGAGGAGGAGGAGGAAAGACGCUCUCCACACGAUCAUGUGGAUCGGUGUGUUCCCGAGAGCUUCUUUGAUCGCGUAACGCAAGGGUUACGCGACGAUCUCGAACAUGAGCGGAAUAGGCGUCUCCAAAUGGCGGACACUGCCUCGAAGCAUCGAGCUGAGUUUGCCUUUGCUCAGCUUGAGAACGAGAGAUCUCUUCGUGACGAGCUAAGGGUAGCUCGUGGGAUUGCUGAUCGGUCUCGGGAUGAGAUAGCUGCUCUUCAGACCCUUGUUGAUGCCCACCAUCGGGAGCACAAGGCUCUCUGCGAGAUGCUUGAGCGCAAGGGCGUUCUUCAUCGGAAGAAGCAGCGUACUGAUGGUACGGCUUAA